AUGUAUCCAGCCUUGCUCAAGCAUCAGAUUGUGAAGCCAUCGGCCUUCCAUAUCACCAGAAUCGCAAGAGCUUCGGUAUCUGGAAAAACUCAGCCUAGUGCCAAGGGCAGUGAAGAAUUCUUCGUUACUACCACCUUCCCAGAUGACUUUGAAUCAACCAUGAAAUCCGACCUCUUUCAGGAACAGAGUCCGACAAUGAAAAGUCAAACCACACCGGAGCAGUUUAGUGCUGCCGAUAUCGAGCGCCACAAGGCUGAUAUCUACGAGAGUAUCUCCCCGAAGAAAACAAGUGGAUUUGUGAAGAAGCAGGAUAGUCAGAAUUUACCGGAGCAGGAGCCCAAUUUGGAUGAAAUGUGA